AUGGCCAUUGUAGGAAGCAUUCUUGUUUUAGGCCUAGCUUUGCUCUGUUCUGUGGCCGAUGGUGCACUUCGCCAGCGCAUUGGUCUCAGUCAUCACCGUCGUAGCCUCAUUGAUGGCAGUGGUGGUGCAGUUACAGUUUUUGAUGUAACGCAACACGGUGCCAAGGCGGAUGAUCGGACUGAUAAUGCAGAAGCAUUUAUUCAAACGUGGCGGUUAGCAUGUGAUUCAAGUGUUCCAGCAAAGCUUGUUAUCCCCAAAGGGACAUUUUUGACGAGCCCUGUCGUAUUUCAAGGGCCAUGCAAUGGCACAGAGCCUCAAAUUUUUGAAAUACAGGGAACUGUAAAAGCCACAACUGAUCUUAGUGAAUAUAGUUCACCAGAAUGGAUCUUAUUUGAAAGAAUUAAUGGUUUCACCUUGAACGGUGGGGGAGCUUUUGAUGGGCAAGGUAGUGCUGUCUGGAAGUACAACGAUUGCCACCGCAACAAGGAAUGCCAGCCACUCCCCAGUCCAUCACAAGUGAAAAUUAGCGACGUUCAUUACAAGAAUAUAAAAGGCACCUCGACUUCCGCUGUUGCUGUCAAUUUUUUGUGCAGCUCAUUAGUUCCUUGUGAAGGACUGGAACUUGUGGACAUAGAUUUGGCCUACGUCGGCGCCAAAGCAAACAUGCCCCUGUCGUCUUCAUGUUUGAAUGCACAUUUUACAUCCGGUGGCAAACAGAACCCACCAAGAUGUCCUUAA